AUGAAGGAGUUCAAAUCCAUUGAGAGAAAGUUCAAAGACCUCAUCAAAAGGACAACCGGAUUUGGUCCUCCUCUUUCUCUCGGAGAAGAUGGGCCAAUUGUUGGCUUACAGGAAGAUGUGAAGCAUCUUGUUUUACCCUUGAUUGUUGGUAGGACGACUUCUAUUAUGGUAUUUAUUGUCAGACCAAGAGGAAUAGGGAAAACCACUCUUGCCCACAAGGUUUAUCACACUGCCCUUGCCUGCCUGAGUUUUUGUUGCAACGCCUGGGUGAGUGUACCUCGGCAGUGGGUAUUAAGUGAUGAAAGGAGUUGGGAAGUAUUCAAUGCUAGGGUUGGGUUUGAGAUCCCGACAGAGCUGGGAAAAGUUGGGAGAACCAUUGUGAGGUGGUGCAGGGGCCUGCCUUGGGCCAUUUUUCGACUGGGAGACGUGUUGUCAAAGAUAGUAGCUACCGAGGAGCAGUGGUAUAUUUUGGGAUUUCUAGAGGUUCUUCUUUGUAGGGCUGGAUUUAAAUUAGGACAUAAACUUGAUCGACUCAUUGGAAUUCUAGGUAUGAUCAAAGACCUCAUCCAAAGGAAAAUUGGAAUAGAUCAACCAGUGGGAGACGAUGAGCCCUUUGUUGGCUUAGAGGAAGAUGUGCACCUUCUUACUUCACAUUUGAUAGCAGAUAAUGCGGCCAACAGGAUGGUAUGGAUUGUUGGACGUUGA